AUGGAAAAGGCAGCGGCUGCGGAGCUCCGGCAAGGCGCGCUGGUGCCGCUAACGGCCAUCUGCCUGGUGAAUUUCUUCCUGACUGGGAAAAUAGAAAGUGCUGUUACCUCAGUAGCUCCUUGCAGUGGAGAGCUGGAACAGCACACAGAGAGACGGGGAGUUAUCUACAGCCCUUCUUGGCCCUUCAACUACCCUCCAGCUGUAAACUGCAGCUGGUACAUUAAAGGAGAUCGUGGAGACAUGAUAACAAUUAGUUUUAAGAACUUUGAUUUGGAAGACUCUCAAAAGUGUGCAGUAGACUGGUUGAUGAUUGGUCCCUCUUCCAAGAGAGAGGAGUACAAAGUGUGUGGAUCUUCGAUACCUCCAUCUUUCAUCUCUGCCAGGGACCAUGUUUGGAUAUUUUUUCACUCAGACGCGUCGAGCUCAGGCCAGGCACGGGGAUUUCGCCUUUCUUACAUUAGAGGAAAGCUAGGUCAGGCUGAAUGCCCGUUAGAUGAAUUCCAUUGUGCAAAUGGAAAGUGUAUUCCCAGUACUUGGAAGUGUAACUCCAUGGAUGAGUGUGGUGAUAACUCGGAUGAGAAGAACUGCACUCUUCCUCCCACAGAGCCUCCAUCCAGCAUCUGUCCCUCAGGAAUGUUCCAGUGCAGUGCAGCCCACUCCACCAAGUGCUUAGUGAAUGAGCUGAGGUGUAAUUCAGUUAAGGACUGCAGUGAUGGUUCAGAUGAAGACAACUGUCCCGAUCUUUCCUGUGGCAAGAGGCUGGGUAAUUUUUAUGGCUCUUUUGCUUCCCCAGACUUAUUCCGUGCUGAUCACAGCAGGUCAGACCUUCGCUGCACCUGGUAUGUGGACACACAAGAUAAUCGACACGUGCUGCUGCAGCUCGAUCUGCAGUUAGGCUACAAUGACUAUGUCAAGGUGUACGAUGGCAUUGAGGAGCGAGGGGACAAGCUGAUGCAAACGUUUUCAUACCACAACAACAGGCGUUCGGUGAGUGUGGAGUCUUCAAAGGGCCAGCUCACUGUCUCCUACCAUGCCCGCUCCAAGAGCACCGGCCAUGGUUUCAAUGCAACCUACCAGGUGAAGGGCUACUGCCUGCCUUGGGAGCACCCUUGUGGAAGCGAUGAGGAGUGUUUCACAGACAAGCAGCACUGUGAUGGCUGGUGGCACUGUCCCAAUGGCAAGGAUGAGGAGAACUGUCCCGCCUGCCAGAAGAACGAAUACCCCUGUGAAGGCAACAGUGGUCUUUGUUACUCAGUGCUUGACCGCUGUAACAAUCAAAAGAACUGCCCAGAUGGCUCAGAUGAAAAAAACUGCUUCACUUGCCAGCCAGGAAACUUCCACUGUGGCACAAAUCUGUGCAUCUUCGAGACUUGGCGUUGCGACGGGCAAGAGGACUGCCAGGAUGGAAGCGAUGAACAGAACUGCCUGGUGAUCGUCCCCAGGAAGGUCAUCACCGCCGCCCUGAUCGGCAGCCUUGUCUGUGGCCUGCUGCUUGUGAUUGCCCUGGGCUGUGCAUUUAAACUGUAUUCUCUCAGGACCAGGGAGUACAGGGCGUUUGAGACACAGAUGACGCGGCUGGAGGCAGAGUUUGUGCGGCGGGAGGCGCCUCCCUCCUAUGGGCAGCUGAUUGCACAGGGGCUGAUCCCUCCGGUGGAAGACUUCCCUGUCUACAAUGCAUCACAGGCGUCAGUGCUGCAGAACCUGCGCAUGGCCAUGCGGCGGCAGAUGCGGCGCCACUCCUCGCGGCGCAGCUCCUCGCAGCGGCGCCUGGGCAGGCUCUGGAACAGACUUUUCCACAGGCCUCGGGCGAGAGGGCAGAUCCCGCUCCUGAUGCCGGCCCGCACUGCACAGACCAUGCUGGGGGAUGGAAUCAUCAACCCUACCGAUGGGACUGUUGGGAGUCCUCCGCCUUCCUCUGAAGGGCCUAGUCCUGAGGCAAAUGGCUGCAGCCAGGCCAGGGGUCCACAGGAAGCUGGAUGUAGCAGCUUGCAGCCAGAGACUGCGAUCGCAGAGCCAGCACCUUCAAAUGUCUCAGCAAAUCCCUGCCCAGCAGCAGAGCCUGAGCUGGGGCGCACUGAGAAACCUGCGGCUGCUGACCCCUCUGCUAGUGAGCUUAGGCAGAGCAGGAAAGUGGAUUCAGGAAAGGCUUUCAGAGAUCCUCUGUCUGAAAGUGUUGUGGAAACGACACAUGGAGGGUCAGCAUCCAGGAGGACUGUCCCAGAGGACAGCGGUUUCAGCAGAAGUCAUCCACUGGGUGAAGAGCCCUGUGGCUUACCCUCAAGGAAGUGGGAGUCUGCUUAUGCAGGCAGCCCCACGCAUGUUCAUAUCCCAGUGGAUGGACAGAGCCCGUGCUGCCCGAACCCCUUCCUUGGGGAGCCCCUGGGCAUCCCUGCGGCUUGUUGCCAUUCUGUGGAAGUGCCAAUGAUAGAGUCCUCUACUCCCCUCUCUGAGAUCAACACCAGUGAUGAUGAAUCUUUACUUGUUUGCUAA